AUGAACACGGUGGUGGAGGCUCAACGCUUUCAUGGGUAUGGUGUUGGUUCUGGUGGUGGAGUUACAUUGACACACCUUCAGUUCGCAGAUGACACUAUUAUUAUUGGAGAAAAGAGUUUGUUGAAUGUGCGUACCAUGAGGGCAAUGUUGUUGUUUGAAGAGGUGUUAGGCUUGAAGGUGAAUUUUAACAAGAGUAUGCUGACAGGUAUCAAUAUCUCUGAAUCUUGGUUGUCGGAGGCGGCGUUGGUGAUGAAUUGUUGGAGGGGAACUAUUCCGUUUAUUUAUUUGGGGUUGCCUAUUGGUGGUGAUUCUAGGAAACUUAGUUUUUGGAAACAUGUUGUCGAUCGCAUUGUCUCUCGCCUGUCGUCGUGGAAUAAUAAAUUCCUGUCUUCCGGUGGCCGUUUGGUUCUUCUGAAGGGGCGGUUGCAAGAGGGUGGUAGACAUAGUUCGACAUGGUGGCGGAUGUUGAGUAGGGUCCGCGAAGGGGUUGGUGAGGGUGUUGUGGAUAAGGAGUGUUCGGUGGCAGAGAUGUGUAGGCUAGGGUGGGCGGAGGGGGCUGAAGCUUGGAUUUGGCGUAGGCGAUUGUUGGCCUGGGAGGAGGAAAAUGAUAAUGUUCAUGAUACUUGGAGGUGGUAUUUAGAUCCUACUCAUGGCUAUUCAGUCAGGGUCGCAUACCGUUUUAUUACUACAUCUGGUGAACCGUCGGAUAGCAUUCAUGAUGACAAUGUAUGGCAUCGGCUUAUUCCAGCAAAGGUCUCUUUGUUUGUGUGGCGCCUCAUGCGUAAUAGGUUACCUACAAAAGACAACUUGGUGCGUAGGAGGGUCCUCCCACCAAAUGGUGUGGUGUGUGUAUUAGGGUGUGGCGAAUAG